GCGCCAUGGACGAGGAGUACGACGUCAUCGUCUGCGGCACGGGGCUCAAGGAGUGCAUCCUCAGCGGCCUGCUGUCGGUGAACGGCAAGAAGGUCUUGCACCUCGACCGGAACAGCUACUACGGGGGCGAGUCCGGGCAUCCCUCAACAUCACCAACCUGUGGGAGAAAUUCCGGCCCGGCACGACUCCGCCGAAGGAGCUGGGUGCGAAUCGCGACUGGAACGUGGACCUCAUCCCGAAAUUCAUCAUGGCCUCCGGCGAGCUGGUCAAGAUCCUCCUGAAGACGAAGGUGUCCAGGUACCUCGAGUGGAAGUCAUGCGAGAGGAGCUACGUGUACCAGCCGCAGGAGGCAGGCUUCUUCGGCGGAGCCAAAUAUCUAGAUCGUGCCGACCACCGCAGCAGAGGGGAUGAAGUCCAGCCUGAUGGGCAUCCUGGAGACCAGGGCCGAGGUUCAUCAAUUUUGUAA